CAUCAAGGUGUUGUGUCAAGAAUGUCACCUCAACUUACGUCGCAAAGAUCGGGUGCGCCUUGUGGGGUUGCCAUCAUGAAGGAUACACGCUUUUGAAGUGCAGUGUUGAAUCUAAUGUUUAUUAUAUGCUAACAGCCCGUGGACGAGCCUCAAUAUCAUAAGAUACCUAAAUGAACUGCACACAGUCACCUCCAGCGCUUGUUAAGACGAUUAUCAUGGGUGUUGACGCUUUUAUUUUGUACUAACUUGAAAACAUUGGUCUAUUUUACGUGCUACCUGCCUCAUGGCAACCCGCGUUAAAGCCACAACCCCAAAGUGCGCCAGCGGAAAAGUGCCUGGCAACACUACCGCACUGUGCGCCGACUACAUCUGGAUUAGUACGUGAUUACAGCGGUGUCAGGAUUGCACAACUCUCUGGAGCCACAUCAGGAAGACAUGGGAUGGGCUACUGGCACAGAAGCCUCAAGUCAUUUAAUGGCAAACUCUGGAGCGUAGAGCUGCUUGAUUUGGGUGAAUGUAGAGCUGGACACCAUUUGGCUGUAUGAUGCAUUUUACUUCCCCGUAGAUUUUAUUGUAAGUAUCAAGAGCAGAGCAGCCACUACCCUCCAGUGCACCAUCUGAAUGGAAAUAUGGACACCUUCAAUGGAGGAAUUUUGACUCAACAUGUCCAGGAACUAUGAGUAACCACAGCCGAGCUUCCUGUUGACCAUGACAGUGUUCAUACCAGAAUGCCCUGAGCUUCACUGAAAAGGCAGUUUUAACCUGGUCAAUCAGUAGGGAUGUUGGCCGCCGUGGAACAUGGUCCCAUCCUCUGCAGCGACUCCAACAUCCUCUGCCUCUCGUGGAAAGGCCGGGUCCCCAAGAGUGAGAAGGACAAGCCAGUGUGCCGGAGACGGUACUAUGAGGAGGGUUGGCUCGCCACAGGGAAUGGGAGAGGAGUCGUUGGGGUGACGUUUACAUCGAGUCACUGCAGGAGGGAUAGAAGUACACCUCAGAGAAUCAAUUUUAACCUGCGAGGACACAACAGCGAGGUUGUCUUGGUGCGCUGGAAUGAACCCUUCCAGAAGCUGGCAACUUGCGAUAUGGAAGGAGGCAUAUUUGUGUGGAUUCAGUAUGAAGGAAGAUGGUCUGUGGAGUUAGUGAAUGACAGAGGAGCCCAGGUGAGUGACUUCACUUGGUCCCAUGAUGGCACUCAAGCCCUCAUUGCAUACAGAGAUGGGUUUGUGUUAGUCGGCUCGGUCAGCGGUCAAAGACACUGGUCCUCUGAGAUUAAUCUGGAGAGCCAGAUCACCUGUGGCAUCUGGACCCCUGACGAUCAGCAGGUGUUGUUUGGAACAGCAGAUGGUCAGGUAAUUGUGAUGGACUGUCACGGAAGGAUGCUUGCCCAUGUUCUGUUACACGAGUCUGAUGGGAUUGUGAGCAUGUCUUGGAAUUGCCCCGAUUUCCUAGUCGAGGACAGCACGGAGAGCGACACAGACUCCGAUGACAAUAUUCUGCCUUUAGUGCGGCGAGUUAAGCCUCUGUUGACUGUCACCUUCUUAUCAGGAGAUAUCAGUUUGAUGAAUAACUAUGAUGACCUCUCUCCUAGUAUAAUUCGCUCAGGGCUUAAAGACGUCGAGGCCCAGUGGUGCUCCCAGGGAGACCUCCUGGCUGUGGCUGGCAUGGAGAGACAUGGGCUCCCUUCUGACUCAGCUUGUGCAUCCAUCAUGAGAAAUGCCCUUGUUAAGUUUUAUAAUGUCCAAGGUGAACACAUCUACACUUUGGAGACACCGGCGCAGAGGCCCAUCACCACCAUUUGUUGGGGUCACAGAGAUUCCCGUCUGUUCCUCGCAUGUGGACCAGCUCUCUAUGUGGUCCGUGUGGAGCACAGGGUGGCCAGCCUCCAACUUUUAUGCCAGCAAGGCAUUGCCAGUGCCCUGCGAGAGGAGAAAGAUGUCGGGAAACUAAACAUGCCCUCGCUUCUCUGCUCUUAUGUCACCACUGCUUUUAUCCCCACCAUCAAGCCCCCAAUUCCUGACCCCAACAACAUCCGCGACUUUGUCAGCUAUCCCACAGCAGGGAACGAAAGGCUCCACUGCACCAUGAAGCGAGCUGAGGACAGUCCUGAAGCAGGCGGACCCUGCUACACGCUGUACCUAGAAUAUUUAGGAGGACUGGUGCCUAUUCUCAAAGGAAGGCGCAUCAGUAAACUUCGGCCCGAGUUUGUUAUUAUGGAUCCAAAAACUGAUGGCAAGGCAGAGGAAGUUUGCGUCAAUCCCAUGAUCUCAUACACCGACAGCUGUAACUGCUCUGACUCCAGUGACAUUGAGCUGAGCGAUGAGUGGGUCGGGAAGAAGUCACCAAAGUUAUCUCGCGGAAACAGGUUGAACAUGGAAUCAAGAAAAUCUCCCAAACUUUCACGUGCCAAUCAAGAAGGUCAGCGAUCACCACGCCUACCAACAAAGAAGCCUCCCGUUCGGUCACCCAGCCUGACACGGCGUGAGUUUUCUAUGGAUGGAAUUACGGAGCACAAUUACCUUGCACAAGUGACAUCUAAUAUUUGGGGGACAAAAUUCAAAAUUGUGGGACUUGCUUCGUUCCUCCCCACGAAUCUUGGCGCAGUCAUCUAUAAGACCAGUUUGCUUCAUUUGCAACCGAGACAGAUGACAAUCUACCUUCCAGAAGUGCGAAAGAUUUCUCAUGACUUUAUGAGUCUGCCGGUGUUCAACCCCAAUGUGUUCAGCGAGGAUGAGGAUGACUUACCAGUGAUGGGGCCAUCUGGAGUGGCUGGAGACAAUCCUCCAUGUACAGUCAACAUUCCCAUUGCUCCCAUCCACAGCCCAGCUCAAGCCAUGUCCCCAACUCAGAGUAUUGGUCUGGUUCAGUCUCUUUUGGCCAAUCAGAAUAUUCAGCUUGAUGUUCUGACCAACCCGACCGCCACUGCUGCAGCAGCAGCUGCAGCAGCAGCAGCCUCUGUCCCUGUCACUGAUCAUGGUCAGGAUGCUGUUGCGUCACCAUAUCCCGUGCCAACUAGAUACACCAGCCCUGGUCAGAUGAUCUUCAACGGGUUGGAGAUGGGUCCUCUUCUCCCUGGCACUUUACCUCCCCCACCUCCACCUCACCAUCUCCCACCACAGCCUCAUUCACAGCGUUCUCAUUCACAGCAGCCUCGCCAGCAGCCAUCUAAACAGUCACAACAAAUACAGACACAGCAGCAGCAGAAAAUGCACCAUCAUCAACAGCAGCAAGGGCAACUGCAGCAACAGCAACACCAUCACCCGUCCCAAUCACAGCAGCAGCUGCAGCAACAGCAGCAGCUGCAGCAGCAGCAACACCAGCAGCUACAGCAGCUGCACCACCAGCAGGGGCAACAGCAGCAACAGCAACACCAUCACCCAUCCCAGUCACAGCAGCUGCAGCAGCAUCAGCAACUACAGCAGCUGCACCACCAGCAGACGCUACAUCAACAACAGCAACAUCAGCAACACCAAGUUCAGCAACAUCAACAAAUGCAACAAGCGCAACAGCAAGUGACGAACCAACAGCUUCAGCAACAGCAGAUCCAACAGCAGCAGCAGCAGAUGCAGAUGCAGCACGAGCAAAUGCAGCAGCAGCAGCAGCAGAUGCAACAGCAGCAGCAGCAAAUCCGACAACAGAUCCAAGAGAUGAGGCAGCAGCAGCAGCAGCUCCAGCAGCAGCAUCAGCAGAUCCAGCAGCAGCAUCAACAAAUGCAGAGGCAGCAUCAACAAAUGCAGCAGCAACUGAAGAUCCAAAUGUCGUUGCCCCCUCCUCCAUCUGGCUAUCCAACCAUUUCCUUGCAACAGAUUCAUCUUCUUCCCCAGAUGCCACCUCCCACCACUGAGCCAGGGCUCGACAGGGGAGACCAUGGACACACUCUGAAGCCAAGUCUGCCACGUACAUUACCUCCCUCCUUUAACGAUACAGAUGGGUCUGUAGAGAUUCAGAUGAGGAAAAUAAAUCCCCCUCCUCCGUACCCUGGGACUGUAGUGUCUGCAGCAGCAGCUUCAGCUGCUGCUCCUCCUCAAACUCUCAUCACAAACUGUGACAGCCCAAGUAUCCUGGCACCGGACCCCUGCCUGAAAAAGGAUGAAUUUUUGCUUCAUCCUGUCACCUUACAGUACCCAACACCUCUUGGGUAUGAAAGGAUCACGACCUUUGACAGCAGUGGCAAUGUGGAGGAGGUGUGUCGGCCACGAAGGCGCCUCAUUCGCAACCAGAAUGCAUACGCUGUGCACAGCAUUGGGGGCUCAGCUACCCUCAAAGUCACUUCCUCAGAGAAUAAAAAAAUUCAGCUUCCAUACAGCUCAGCAACAUUAAGUCGUCUUUCUGUCCCUCGAUACACAAUACCAAGUGGAGACCCCCCUCCUUACCCUGAUCCAGCCAAUCAGGUAACAGCUACACUUCCUCCUCCCCAGAGAAUUGAUAGCAGCCUCAUUCAUGCCACUCUACGUCGUGAACGAAGGGAUGUGGGCCUCAAAGUGCCACAGAUGAUGGACAGCUCAAGGACACUACCUACUAAAGCUAAAAUGAACAGUGCAUUAGCCCUUUCCUACCAGCAGAGGGUGCCCACUGCCUUAUACACAUGCACACAGUGCAGUAGUAACAGCAGCAGCACCAGUGUUAGUGUCAGUGGAGGUGGAACUACCAGUAGUGGUAUUGCAGGUGGAACGGUGGUGAGGCAGGACUUCCCAUCAGGGAAAGGUGCGCAUCACAGUACCAUUAUAGUGCACUCCAAAAAUGCCUCUCCAAUGGCAUCUCAGUCAUCUUACAGUCUACUGGGUGGCGUUGACAACAGUCGGGACAGAACAGUGUAUGUUAACUCUGCAUUUACUGAGGACGAGACUUUAAAUCAGCAGUGUCACCUUGAAAAAUCAGUACGUCAGCUGACUCUUGGUGAUGUCAGUUUGACAGUAAAACGCCCUCCGCCUUACCAGUGGGACACCUCCGCCACAGAAGAUUUCUGGCUCACCCCGGAUCAAACAAUGUUAGCUCCCCCACCUCAUAAACCGCCUCCCCUUAUUAUCAGUCAAGCUCAGCACCUUGAUGUGACUCGGCUUCCCUUUGUCCUCACAACUAAACCUCCAACCAGUCCGAGCACAAGCACUCUUACGUUUCCAUCAGGUUACCAGAUAUCCCUGUCACCCUUUCCUCCAGGGGUGGGUCACAGUGGACCCCCACUUCAGACUUUGCAAAACCCUCCGCAACAGUGUUCUCCAAAUGAAGUGGUCGCUCCUGUCCCUUUUGCUCAGCAGGACCCCAAUUUGGUCUUGCCACCGGGCUACCCCCCAAAUCUGGCCAACUUGGCCUGCUGUCCUCUCCCUCCUCUGUACCCAGGAGCAAGCUCAUGUGCCGGACUCCAACUGCACCCGGUCAGCCUCCACCCUUGGAACCCUUACCCCUGCCCACCGCCCAUGCAAGAUCCUCCCGCGCCUCCACUCCCGACCAAAACUCACCAGAUUUUGGAGAAGCCAAUACUGUCCCCGCCUCCUCCUACUGCACCACCUCCCCCACCUCCUCUUCCCCCUCCUCCCCCACCUACCGAGUUGCCACCAUCCAAAAGUGCCACAGAAGAUCUCGCAGAAUCUGCCAAUAACUUUCCAGAGCCAUCAUCCUUAAAUGAAAGCCCUGUCCCACAAGAGUCAGAGCGCUUCAACAAGAAGAGCCGCAAAAGGCUUGACAGCCGGGCAGAGGAGGCCAACAUGCCCACUGUGUCUGAGGGCAAAUCCAGAAAGGAAGGGCGUGCGCUGUCUGAUUUCAACACUCUCAUUGCGAGCCCGAGGCUUGGUAGCAGAGAGAAAAAGAAGCCAAAGGGGCAGAGAGAACAACUUAAUAAAACAAAGAAAAUGAACAGGACCACGAAUGAGUUUCAGGAUAGCUCAGAGAGUGAGCCAGAGCUCUUCAUUAGCGGUGACGAGCUAAUGAACCAGAACCAGAGUAGUAAGAAGAGCUGGAAGAACAAGCGCAGCAUGCGUAUGGCAAGUGAGCUGGAGGAGAUAAAGUGUCGCAAGGCAAAUGAAAGGGAGGACCGUAGUUUAGGCAGCCAAGGGUUUGUCUACGUUAUGGCCAACAAACAGCCACUGUGGAAUGAGGCCACCCAGGUGUACCAGCUUGACUUUGGAGGUCGAGUCACCCAGGAGUCAGCAAAGAAUUUUCAGAUCGAACUGGAUGGUAGACAGGUGAUGCAGUUUGGGCGGAUAGAUGGAAAUGCUUAUAUCUUGGAUUUCCAGUAUCCUUUCUCAGCCGUGCAAGCAUUUGCUGUCGCCUUGGCAAAUGUGACUCAGAGGCUGAAGUGAAAAGGUCAUUUGGUGUUGCUGUGCACUAACUCAACAGAGCUGAGUGGUCUUACCUUCCAACGUGUGGGGCUACGAUGGAGAAAAUGUCCUGUUUUACUUAGAAGAGAUUAAUAUAUGUACAAGCUAGUCUUGCACAUGGAGGCAAUUUACAAUCAGUGUGUUUAGGGCAAAGUCACUCCAGGUUGGUGUUGAUGAAAGAGAUUUAAGUGAAUCCAUAAUUUCUAGUUCAUAUAUUAAAUGUAGUCAUGUAGUCAAAGUAUUAUAAUUAUUAUGAUAUGGUAUAUAUUAGAUUAAAGAAAACAAACCUAACUAACUUAUGUUGCAGUGACUUUUAAAAGCAGUCUGGAGGUUUAGUGCCAUCUGUAGUAUCAAACACAUUAUCUCGCUAUCGAACUGCAAAUUAAUAACCUUGUCGUGUUUAUAAAGAAAUAAGCACAGCAAAUAUAUAAGUCUGAAGUGGCAUUCAAAAUUUAUAUACACGUUCACUAAGCCAUACCGUGUGUUAUAUAAAGGCUGCACUAUUUUAAAUCCGUAUUAAGAAAUAAGUAGAUAUAUUAUACAGUUUUAUUAUAUCACACUUAUAGGUAUUUAAUUACAUUUAUUUAUAAUCUCAUUUGGAAUUUUUUUCAGUUGAAUGUCUUCAACAUUAUGUUCAAUUUGCUGAACAUGCAAUAGAGGGAUAUAUAAAUUUGGUAGCUGCAACAUGAAAAGUUGAGUACAGUUUGCCAUAGUUUAUAUAUUUUCUCUUCAUGCUACUUCCAUGAAGUGCUGCAAUGAACAUAGUUAAUCGUAUUAUUUUGGCCUCUGUACAUUCAACCUAUUCAACACCUGACGGUGUGUUCAUUUUUCCACUUGUAAAUUGAAACACAUUUCGAUUGAAGAAACAUUAUUCUCUAUUUCCUUGUUGAUUUCAGAAUCAACUAUUGUGGAUACAGUUGUCAGUAAUCGUGUACAGUAAGUCUAUGGGUGCCAUAUCCAGCCAAAGGCAUUUGGCUGAAAGGAUGCCUGCUAGAAAAUUAGCAGAAAAUGAUGUCAUGUAGAUCUCAUGUCACCCAGAAUAAAUCUACACAGUAACGAUUAAGAUCUUUUCAAUCAAAUUCACUUGGUUGGCUCUGUUUUGUUUCCACUGGGUGUUUAUGAUGCUACUUGAAUUCUGCAUUUGAAUGUGAAGUACAGUAGUUUGCCUAUUUUGGAAACCAGUGCUGCUUUAGAUAGAGCUUGUGUGCAAUAAUGCUACCUACACAGAACUUAAUGUCGUACCUGCAAAAGAAAAUGUAAUGCUGCUUGCGCUGUGUAUUUAGUGACCUAACAUUAUUAUGUGCUUAGAAAAAUAUGUGUGUAUGUUGCUAAUUUGAAUAAUUUUGUAUUUCACCUUUGCUUUAACAUUGCACCUUGAGUUGUUUUUUUUGUUUUGUUUUUUUUUGUUGAUGUUACAGAAAAAAGAAUGAGAGCAUAAACAUGCAGAGCUAUUAACUACAACAUACUCAUAAGUUGCUAGAGAUGACCCAUUAGUGGGAGUCAGAUUCAUGUAGAUUUGGUGCUAUUGUAUAAAGAAAAAAAUGUGAUCAUAUCUGGAAAUCUGUCACUUGUUUUUAGAAGUUUAUUUUAACUGGAAAGUAUUUUGCAAAAAGUUACAGAACAUUUGGUGCAGAUGUUUUCAUUUCAGCUUUUUUUAUUCAGUGCAGCUUCAGAGAUUUUAGCAACAGUGCGUGUCAGUUAUUAUCAGCAAUACUGCCUAAUAACCGAAUGGUUUGCUGCCUGAUUGUUUUUCUCUUAUUUUGUGAUGAAAAGAAAAAUAUGACUGUAGGUUUUCUGGGGACCUAUAAGCUGGCCAAAAUGGAAUAAAAAUCUAUGGUUCCAAAA